ACGUUGGGUGUGUUGGUAUCGCUUUAAUGGGUGCCAAUGCUACGCUAUGGCCCGCGGCCGUACUCGGGCCGAGUAUAUUAGGAGGUUCAUAUCGCUGGGCUGCUGCUAUCAGUCGGUUCAGUACAGGUUCGGCAGUGGUGCACUAGAGAUGUGGUUUUACUACGGAGUGAUCGAUUUUUUUACGUGUUUCAAGUGAGACAAAGACCUUCCCAACAAUUUGAGGCAACGUUGUGGAUUGGGGAAAUUGAUACUUACAUCUAACCAAACGCUCGUGCAUUUUGUGUAAUUGAACAUCGAACACGAACAGCCGGUGAUACGAUUCCAGUUGUGAUUUAAUUGUGGAUUUGAUUAUAGAUUAAAAGGAAAACAGUUGUGAUUUUGCGUUCUUUAAGUAUUAAUUGAUCAUCCUAACUUACUUCAGUUUAGGCGCGUUCUUCAGAGUGAAAAAUGAUAUUGAAUAUCAAUAAGAAAAGGCUUUUACUGCUCUCGAUCCCAGCGGCACUGGUGAUCGUUGCUCUCGUGGUUGGUCUAACGGUUGGUCUACGAUCUCGAGAAGAUGGCUAUAAAACCCAUGCACGUCUUACCGGCGGAGCCGUCACAGCCAACGGCAUCGAGUGUGCCGGCAUCGGUGAAGACAUACUGCGUCGCAAUGGUUCAGCAGUUGAUGCCGCUAUUGCCACCUUGUUCUGUGAGGGUGUCACCUGUCCGCAAAGUAUGGGCAUCGGAGGUGGUUUCCUUGCCACGAUCUACUUUCGUGAAACUAACACCGCCCAAGCACUGGUUGCCCGCGAAGUUGCACCAGCCGCAGCCACAGAGGAUAUGUACGUGAACCAGUCGUCAGUGUCCGGCGGUCUAGCUGUUGCCGUUCCUGGCGAAGUGAAAGGUUACUGGACACUGCACCAGAAAUAUGGACGACUUGAGUGGAAGGAUCUCGUUGAACCUACGAUUCGACUGUGCCGUGAAGGUCAUCUGGUUACUGGAUACCUGGAGCGUAUACUAAAAGGCCGCGAGGAGCGUAUCCGAAAUGAACCAACGCUGCGGGAAGUGUUUAUCAAUCCGGACACGCAACAAACCUGGCGUGAAGGAGAUAGAAUCAAGCGUCCCACGUUGGCUAAUACGCUGGAAGUGAUCGCGGUCGAAGGUGCAGACGCUUUGUACAGUCGUAAUGGAACGCUUUUGCCGAAGCUGAUGCGCGAUCUCAAACAGUUCGGAAGCAUCAUCACCGAGGACGAUUUUUACAACUAUGAACCACGGUGGGUAGCUCCGGUACAAACCAGUAUUAGAAAAUCUAGUCAAGUGUACUCGAUCCCACUGCCGGGCAGUGGGGCUAUAUUGAACUACAUGCUAAACAUCCUAGACAACUACGAUGACUUGCGGCAAGGCGAUCCUGUCUCAUGGCACCGAAUAGUGGAAAGUUUCAAGCACGGCUACGGCAUGCGCACACGUCUCGGUGAUCCAGCGUUCGUUCCCGGUAUCGAAGACAAUCUGGACAAGUUGUCCAGCAAAACCUACGCCCGAUACAUUGUCGAAACGAUCAAAGACGAUCAGACGCACUCCGAAUAUGCACACUAUGGUGCCGAAUUUUCCAACGAGCGAGAUCAAGGAACGGCGCAUGUGUCCGUCCUUGCCCCCAACGGUGAUGCCGUGUCGAUCACAAGCACCAUCAACAAUAUCACAAUGAAACGCAGAACUAUUCUCACCCUGCUGAUCGCGGCGAUCAUUCUGACGAUCUUUACGGUCGUGUUUGUGCUCGCCACGCAGGGCAACAUAUCAACGCAACAGGUGGAAAACACUGUCCAACACCAGCGUACCGGUGCCGUCGUUGCGAACGGUGCAGAAUGUGCUGCGAUCGGUGCACAAAUCUUUCGUUUAAAUGGUACCGCUGCGGAUGCCGCCAUUGCAACACUGUUCUGCGAAGGUGUCACGUGUCCGCAAAGUAUGGGGCUCGGUGGCGGUUUCCUGUUGACGAUCUACGAUCGAAAGAACGGUACGAUUGAAACGUUGAACGCACGGGAAACGGCUCCGGCCGCUUCGGAGCGGAACAUGCUUCGAGUUGCGAAGGAACGCGGUCAGGACACGAGAGGACUAACCGUUGCGGUGCCGGGCGAGCUGAAGGGAUACUGGGAGCUGCAUCAGCGGUACGGUCGGCUUGAAUGGGCCACACUCGUGCAGCCAACGAUCGAGCUGUGUGAACGUGGACAUCUAGUGACACCAUACCUGAGUCGAAUUUUGCAACGCGUGGAAUCUCAACUGUACGCAGAACCUUCCAUGAGGGAAGUGUUCAUAAACCCGGUGACAAACCGAACGUGGCAGGAGGGGGAUACGAUAAAAAGGUUAAAGCUGGCGGAGAGUUUGCGUAUUGUGGCAAAGGAAGGCGUCGAUAGCAUGUACAGUAGGAACGGAACGCUGCUAAAUAUGUUGAUGAAAGACCUGCGAUCGUUUGGCAGUAUUAUAGACGAGGAAGACUUCUUGAGCUACAGGCCACGCUGGGAAUCUGCCGAUUCGGUGACACUAAAAACCGGUGAACAGGUCCACUCUAUCGGUGUACCGGGCAGUGGAACAGUGCAGAACUUUAUGCUCCGUAUUCUGGAUGGAUAUGCGGACAUGAACCCGAAAGAUACCCUCACUUGGCACCGCAUUGUGGAGAGCAUGAAGUUUGCGUACGGUUUACGCACACGCAUCGGUGAUCCUGUCUUUACGCCGGAAGCGGUUGCAACCAUUCGCAACUUAACGGAUCCACAGUUCGCAAAGCACAUCCGGGAAAAGAUGAUUAGCGACGAAAGAACGUACGACGAUUAUGUACACUAUGGGGCCGAGUUUGCCGACGUGGAGGAUAAGGGAACGGCUCACAUCUGCGUCUUGGCCCCCAACGGUGAUGCGGUAUCGGCAACGAGCACCAUAAACUAUUUACUUGGAGCUAAAAUACGAUCCCAAUCGACGGGCAUCAUUCUGAAUGAUGAAAUGGACGACUUUUCCACACCGCGGACAGUUAACACGUACGGAUUGCCGGCAUCACCCGCUAAUUUCAUUGCGCCGGGAAAAAUUCCUCUCUCCUCCAUGACGCCCUCGAUCGUCACCGAUCGGAGUGGUUCGGUACGGAUGGUUCUAGGUGGUGCGGGUGGUUCACGCAUUACCAGUGCUACGGCUGUCAUGAUCUAUCGGCACCUGGUGUUUGGAGAUGAUCUCGACACAAUCAUGAACGAAAAGCGCCUACACCAUCAACUGGCACCGAUGUGGGUAGAUUAUGAGGCCGGAUUUCCACAGUCCAUACUGGAUGGACUUUCUGCCAAAGGGCACCAGGUGAAGGAGAAAACUCCAGAUGCCGGAUUUGCCGCUGCAACGGGAAUUGUGCAGGACUCUAAAGAACAUACGGUACGGGCGGCGUUCGAUCCGCGACGCGGUGGAAGUGUAGAGAUUGUACAAAUGUAGUGCAACACUCUACAAAUGUGGAAAUACUGAUCGUUACUUUAAGGUUAAUUCCCUUUAUAUAAAGUAUUCCUUGACAAUAAAAGUGACACGUUAUUGUA